UGGCAGCAACACCAUCCACUUCUUGGACCACCAGCAGCAACCCAGCCACCUGCAACCUCCAAAGUGCCAGCUGCAAGGCCUGCCUCCUCUGCUGCACCAUUAGCAGCUGCAAAAGCUCCAGCUGUGGCAGCAACACCAUCCACUUCUAGUAAACCACCAGCAGCAACACAGCCACCUGCAACCUCCAAAGUGCCAACUGCAAGGCCUGCCUCCUCAGCUGCACCAUUAGCAGCUGAAAAAGCCCCUGUUGUGGCUGUUAGACCUACCACUUCUGCUGCACCACAAGUGGCUGCAAAAGCCCCUAUUACAGCUGCAAGGCCCGCCUUGUCUGCUGCACCGCUGGUGGCUGCAAAACCCCCCGUUGUGGCUGCAAGGCCUGCCUUGUCUGCUGCACCGCUGUUGGCUGCAAAACCCCCCAUUGCGGCUGCAAGGCCGCCCUUGGCUGUUGCACCGUUAGUGGCUGCAAAACCGCCCAUUCUGGCAGUAACCCCUUCCACUUCAAGCAAACCACCAACAGCAACUCCCACAUCUGCACCUGUAAAACCCCCAGCACCCAAGGUUACACCAGCUAUCAGCCCAAAAGCCCCAACCCCUAAAAUUCCACCACCACAACCACCAAAAAGUCCACCCGUAGCAACUCCCAUACUGCCACCACCAUUAACACCAUCACCAGUUGCUUUACCACCACUAUUGCCACCUCCAACAAUAUCCCCAACACCAGACCAGACACCUCCAGCACCAGCACCAGCAAAGAAAAAACCAGCACCAGCUCCUGCACCCAAAAAGAAAGCACCAAUACCAUCACCUGUUCCUUCACCAUUGAUGGCCACACCAGCACUAGCCCCAGCACCAGUGGUGGAGACACCAGCCCCAGCACCUGAAGAAGACGUACCAGAACCACCUCCCCACAGGCACAGGAGAAGGAAGAAAAGUCAUAAACACAAGCACAAGAGACACCAAGCACUCAGUCCAGCGCUUGCACCCACAACUAUCCGGAGUCCCCCAGCACCACCAACAAGUACAAGUACAACGACUGUGGAUUCAGAAGAAGACACAGCACCAGCUCCAAGCCCAAAUUCAAAUGGGGCAACAUCAUACAAUCAACAGGUGGGCAAGUCGAGAAUAUGGGCAUCAACGGGACUUGCUACUGCCAUUUUCCUUGCCAUCACUGGCUUCAUCUGCUAGCACUCUCGUAUCCAAGGAUUCAAUCAAAAGUGCUAUUUGGCUUGCAAAAUAUGAAGCGAAGAGAACCAAUAAUGAAAUGCUACAACUAAAGGACAUGAUGGUGUUAUUUCAUUCUUUUUUCUUUUAUUUUUUAAUGUGUGUAUUUUUGCUUGGAAAUAUUUUUCAAAAUAUUUGCUUGGAUAUAAUAAUGAAUAUAAAUUUUCAAAUCA